CUUUUGUUAUUUCAUUUUUUAUUUAUUUUUAUUAAUAAUUAUUUUAAAUAAUUAUUUUUUAAUCCAAUAUCUUUUCUGAUUGCUUCCUUAUUUUUGUUAUAUCCUAUGAUCAGACCUCAAUUAUUUUUUUUAGUUUUUGGGGGUGAUUUGCUCCUGAUUUUCCCUACAAAAUAACAAUUUGUUUCAUAUUUUUCAAUUUUUUUUUUUUUUUAAUAUCUUAAAGAUAAAUGAGGCAAUUAUCCAGCCUAAUAUAUGUAAACCUUUCUAUUUUUUCAUGAUUCUGAUUUUAUCUCUUUACUUCUAUAGAUGAUCACAUACUAUAAUCAGGUUGAUUUUCAUUCUAAGAUGAUUUUUUGAGAAGAUCUUCCUAGGAACUUUUCUGCUAUAAAUAUAAGGUAUCUUUGUUACAUUUUUUUUUUUUAUCUCUCUCUCUUUUGCUUACCUGCUUCUAAUACCUGGUACUACUCUACGUAGCUAGAGUAUUACUUGCAUCAUUUCAAUAAUCAACUUCCAAAAAAAACACUCUCUAAAAAAAUGGAAUACCAGACUGUUGUUGUUGGUGGUUGUGGCGGUGCUGGUGCUGGUGCUGGAGGAGACGGAAAGGAUGACCGGAACAAGAGGCCGUUCCCGAAGGAGGGCGGUAGACAAAAUAAUAGCAAGCACACACCAAACCUAACUUGCCCUCGAUGUCAUUCAACCAACACCAAGUUUUGUUAUUAUAGUAACUAUAGCUUGUCACAACCCCGACAGUACUGUAAGGACUGCAAAAGACACUGGACGCAAGGUGGAACCUUGCGUGACGUUCCUGUGGGUGGUAAAAGACGACAGAGCAAGCGCUCUAGGGUUGAGUCUGUGGCUGUCUCGGCUACAAACACGGCUUCUACAAGUCAUCAGCAGCAGCCGCUCUCAAUAAUUCCCUUGUCACUGGUUGUUCCACCAACUGUUGUUUUUCGUAACAAUGGGAACAUGCGCCACUUUAGACGUCAAAAUGACGUUAACUCGUCAAGUUCUUUGACGCCAUCGACAAUAUCCUCGAACACUAUGCCAAUGAAUCAUGUUAUCAACUUUUACCCUGCAACCGCAGGGCCCGUCCUUGGUGAUUCGUUGAACGUCGGCCACCACCACCACCACCACCACAGCCGGAGGUAGACGACGACGACAACCACCACCACAACGUUGAAGACAAUGAUGGUGAAUACAACAUUCUGGAAUGGGUCAACAACAUGGGUAUUGGUGGAUUUGAUGAAGCAUGAUGACGUAUUACCCUUACAAUGCAGUUUUAUAAAGAAAAAAGAAUUUCCAUUUAUCCAAAUUUGUUUUUGCUGUUGGUUUAAAAAAAUAAAAA